GCGGAGCCUGAGCCGUCCUGCUGUCGUCACUUCCAGCGGACCCGGAAGCGCCCUUGUGGGGCCGCUGUAGUUAAGAAGUUUCCGUGUGGUUGCGCUCAGCUUAAACCCUUGGCGGACUGUGGGCCGAGGGCUGUCGCGGGCUGCUCUGGCCCGGACGAGUGGGAAGCGCUGAGCGGCUUCUGAGACCCGGCGGGCGAUCCCUGGCAGUGAGUUCCUCUUGUGCUGGCGUCGCCCCGCCUCCAGGGUAGGACCGCCCCCGUCCUCCGUGCCUGGGACCCGGUGGCGCUUCUGCCAUCCUGCCCCGCCACCUUGCAUCCGUCUCGGACAGCUGGGAGGAACAGGUGUGGGACUGCGGGGACAGCAGAGCCCACCAGCGUCUUCGCGACCCUCUCCAGGGCUAUCCGCGCUGACGUUGAACAACCGUUCUGAAUCCUCAUGGAGAAGUUUGGGAUGAAUUUCGGGGGCGGCCCCAGCAAGAAGGACCUGCUGGAGACCAUUGAGACGCAGAAGCAGCAGCUCCUCCAGUACCAGGCACGUCUGAAGGAUGUGGUCCGCGCCUAUAAAAGCCUACUGAAAGAGAAAGAAGCGCUAGAGGCCAGCAUCAAAGUGCUGUCGGUAUCCCACGAGGCAGAUGUGGGCCUCACAGGUAUCCAGCCUCCAGGCCUCACCUGUCCUGACUCCGUGGAUGACCGAUGCUCCACUCACAGCGAAGAUAGCACUGGGACUGCCACCAGCUUGGAUACAGCGGCCAGUCUUACAAGCACCAAAGGUGAGUUUGGGGUGGAAGAUGACAGACAGACCCGUGGACCACCACCUCCAAAGUCCGAAGAGGCCAGCGGGUCGGAGAGUGGUGUUAGCAGUAGCAGUGGAGAUGGACCGUCUGCUGGUGGGGAGGUAGAAAAACGAUUGCACCAGCUGAAGACUCAGUUGGCUACUUUGACCAGCUCUUUGGCUACAGUCACCCAGGAGAAAUCCCGCAUGGAAGCUUCUUACCUGGCUGACAAGAAAAAGAUGAAACAGGAUUUAGAGGAUGCCUGUAAAAAGGCAGAGGAAGAGAGGGACCGUCUGGAGGGAGAAUUGAAGGGGCUGCAGGAGCAGAUAGCAGAAACUAAAGCCAGACUUAUCACACAACAGCAUGAUCGGGCACAAGAGCAGAGUGACCAUGCCUUGAUGUUGCGUGAGCUCCAGAAACUGCUACAAGAGGAGAGGACCCAACGCCAAGACUUGGAGCUUCGGUUGGAAGAGACCCGAGAAGCCCUGGCGGGGCGGGCAUAUGCAGUUGGUCAAAUGGAAGGGUUUGAACUGCAGACCAAACGGCUGACCUCUGAGGUGGAGGAGCUCAAAGGUGAGCUGCAGGCUCUUCGGGAUGAGAAGAAUCAGCCAGACCCCCGGCUGCAGGAGCUUCAGGAAGAGGCUGCCUACCUUAAGAGCCAUUUCCAGGCUCAGUUGCAGCAGGAAAUAAGGAAGACAGCCCUUGCAGAGGAUCAACUACGCCAGCAAUCUCAGCUGGAAGAGCAGAGGGUGGCAUCCCUGGAGAACCAAAUAUCUGAGGUGUCGGAACUGCUGGGCACCUAUGAGAAAGCCAAGCAGAAGGACCAACUAGCCAUCCAGAAGCUGAAGGAGCGCAUUCUGCAGCUGGACCUGGAGAACAAGACACUGGCUCUUGCAGCCUCCAGCCGGUCCCCUCUAGACAGCCAUGGAGAGGAAUCCAGUCUGGACGUCAAUGUCCUGAAGGACAAGAUGGAGAAGCUGAAGAGGCUACUGCAGGUGGCAGCCAGGAAAAGCCAGGUGACCUUGGAUGUGGAGAAGCUCUGUGACCUGGAGAUAAUGCCCAGCUCCGAGGCCGCCGAUGGGGAGAAGGCUACUGCGCUCUACUACCAACAGGAGCUGAAACAGCUGAAGGAAGAGUUUGAGAGGUACAAGAUGAGGGCCCAGGUCAUCCUCAAGAACAAGAAUGCCAAAGACGGGAACCUGGGCAAGGAGCUGGAGGAAGCCCAGAACCAGCUUGCUGAGCUGAAGGAGAAAUAUAUCUCCCUGCGGCUGUCCUGUGAGGAGCUUGAGCGCCAGCACCAGCAGGAGGCCGAGGACUGGAAGCAGGAGCUGGCCAAGGUACAGCAUCACCACCGGCAGGAGCUGGAGCGGAGCCAGCUGGAUUUCAGGGACCGCACGCUGAAACUGGAGGAGGAGCUGCACAAGCAGCGGGACCGUGCCCUGGCAGUGCUGGCCGAGAAGGACUUGGAGCUGGAGCAACUGCGUUCUGUGGCCUUGUCCUCUGGGCUGCCAGGACGCAGAAGCCCUGUGAGUAGUGGGGGUCCUGGGGACCCGGCUGACACAGCUUCCCCAGAUAGUUUGACCCAAGCACUGCAACUAGCUGCGGCCAAUGAGCCCACUUUCUUCCUAUAUGCUGAGCAAUUGGCCCGCAAGGAGGUGGAGAUCACGUUGUUGAGGAAGCAGAAGCAUAGGCUGGAGGUUGAGGUGCAUCAGCUGCAGGAGCAGCUGCUGGAGGAGGGCGAGCGGCAUCGGGAGGAGGUUGGAGUCCUGCAGAGCCACAUUGAAAAGAACAUCAGGGACCAGAGUAGGGAAGGAGCCAACCUGGAGUACCUCAAAAAUAUCAUCUACCGCUUCCUGACCUUGCCUGACAGCCUGGGCCGCCAGCAGACACUCACAGCUAUCCUGACUAUCUUGCAUUUCAGUCCAGAGGAGAAACAAGUGAUAACGCGGCUCUCACCCAGUGGUAGCUGGUGGCCUUCUGGCAAGAGAUGAUGCUGUUUUCACUAACUCCUGAGAUUCCUGUGCCUGUUAUGUGGGAAGGGACAGAUUCUGGUUUCUACUGCCUCUUCUCUUACCUUUUCAUAUCUUACUUCACUGUGUUGAACUGGGAGGAGUCUUCAAAAUGGGGUGGGAUUUUCUGCCAAAUGCCAUUAAUGCUACUUUGUGCUUAGGCCCUAGGGACACUGGCAGUUUUGGGUGGGAUGGCAUCUUCUGGUGGUGUGUGUGUUGGGGGAAAUGGUGAGAAUCUUUGAAAAUGAGACAUUUUUGUUUUAAUAUUAUGCUCCAGGUGCAGAGCUAGGAGUAAAUAUGACUCCAAAGGGAGUUCAGUUAAUUUCUAAACAUGUACAAAGACCAGCUGUUUUCUCCGUCAUCUCAGUCUGAGUCUGGUCCACUGCUGCCCCAAUUCUCUGGGGACAUAAAUCCAGGCUAGAGAGGGACCAGAAAGUUUGAAAAGUUUGAAUAGUGACAGAUUGUCCACUAGUCCAAAGGGCCAAGGAAUAGUGAGUUCAUCCUAGAACUGGGGAGCUUGGUCUGGUUAGGGUUGGGUAGGACCUAAUUAAUUUAGACAAAACACACCACUUGUGACAUCCUGGAGGGAGCCCUGAGCACCAAUUCAAUGUUAGGGAUUUCCCAAGUGACUUGCUUUUGGCCUGGAUAGGAUUACAACGGACCUUUCACACAUGUCCCUGCCUUAACCUGCCUGCCUGAGGUUGGCCUGAGAUUGUGAGUGAAUGCUAUCUUUUUUUCAAUGUUGACCUUCCACUAAGGGGUCUGAUCAGGAAGCUCUCAUCCUGCCUGGAUGCAAGGAAUUAGCUCAGAUUUAUAGGGAAGAGGAGGAAGAUUUGCUGCAGAAGUUUCCAGAAGUAUGCUGUAGGAAAGUGGCUAAAUCUCCACGUCCCUGCAGCCAGGGUGUUUGUGGGUCACUGUCACCAGGGUAUUUUGCACACUCCUUUAGGGAGGCAGUAGAGUGUUAGUCCACAGUCUUCAUCUUCCCUUUAUGUGUUACUGUAACUUUUCCUCCUCCCGUGGGAUUUCCUACCUAAGUAGAUUCUUACAUAAGUAGAUUCAUUCUGCACUUAAGGAAAGGAGGCUUAUUUUUCAGGCAGUCUGGAAAGGAGGGACUCAGAAUUCUGAGUCAGAUUCAAACAGUAUCAAUUUCUGUAUUCGUUCCUUGUCCCCAUCUGCUCUUGCUGGUUAUAGAAAUCUUUGGAUCCUAAAGACCAAAAUUGAGUGCUUUGCCACCCAACUGAACAAAUAUGUAUUCUUUUGUUAUUUCAUCAGAGAGAUCUGUUCUGCGAGAGCUUGGAAUGCAGAAAACUUUGAUUAAAUGUUCUGAUUUGGAGGCUGGGUGACCUGGACUAUCUGCAAAGAAUGUGUUCAAACGAUAAUAACAUAAACUGUGGAAUUAUUAAACCUGAAUAACUGA